UUUCUAUUAAACUUUAUUUCCAAAAAUGAAGAGCAAAAUGCGCAGGUCUAAGAACCCUAGCUAAGCUUCCCUGUUCUCACUACACAACUCCAAAAUCUCUAUUUUGCUGACCCAAUACUAUAAACCCUCAAAAAGUCUCCAUAGCAAUGCACUCCAUAACCCCUAAAAUGAGCUCCAAAUCCCUAAUCAGACUCUUCACCAUCACUCCAAAACCCUUCUCACGAUCCCUCUGCACUGCUUCUGCAACCUCCACCGCCUCCGAGACUCGAACCCAGAAACUUGAGCGCAUUGCCGACGAGCUCCUUGAUCUCACUAAGCUUGAGAGGCACGACUAUGCGAUUCUAUUCCGCCACAAAAUGGGCCUCCAUCGUUAUGGCCCCGCUCUCUCUGGAGCCGGUUUAUCAGGGCCGGCUGCCCCUGGAUCCGCGCCGGCGGAUGCCAAGCCCGCAGCUGAGAAGACGGCUUUCGACAUUAAACUGGAGAAGUUCGAUGCUGCGGCGAAGAUCAAGAUUAUAAAAGAAGUUAGGACCUUUACAGAUUUGGGUUUAAAGGAGGCUAAGGAUUUGGUGGAGAAAGUGCCUGUGGUUUUGAAGAAAGGCGUCACUAAAGAGGAGGCCAAUCCCAUUCUUGAGAAGCUUAAAGAAUUGGGGGCCACUGUGGUACUGGAAUGAAAUAUUUUCCCUUCUUUUUUUUUUCUCUUUGGUUGUCUGUAAUUUUUGUUCUGGUGUAGAAUACUACAAUCUUUAGCAUAAUUGAUAAAUGGAAAUCAUUAUUGGAGC